CGUAACACCAAAGCAUCCUCUCUCUCCACUCACUUCCUUGAUUCUACUUACCAUCUCCUUGUCUCCCUUCUCUUGAUCCCCAUUCACGUCAUCAUGAACACCGACUCGUAUAUAACCUAUGCUGGCAUUGCUUCACCAAGAAGUCAUCCAUAUGCCCACUCCCUAUCUUCAUCCGCCUCCUCAUCAACUUCUUCCGUCUUCUCCGAUGCUGGCUCCCAAGCAUCAAACUCUACAGCUGCAUCCGGCUCGUCGCUGGACAAUCACAGACCAAGUGGCACUUACCCCAACCUGGAAGUGGACCUCGCAUCCAUCUCCAGAGUAAGCACCUUCCCUCAGUACAGGGCUUCAGCAUGCCGGGACUCGACCACCGAAAAAGCCCUGUCCGCUCUGCGAACCGAGGCCAAGGCCCCGCAGGACCAGUUCGGCCACUCGCACCCGAGGCGAUCCUCAGCAGUCAACCAGCGACCUCCCCCUCAACUGGUAAGGCAAAGCGAUCGAAAGGUCAACUUCGUCGAUUGCCUUGUCGACUCUGCCACCCAGAUGGUUGAGAUUAUAUGGCCGCUUUCUGUGCCCUCGAGCCGGUGCGAGACCACGGCGCGUGGAGUUCUGCCUCUGCGCACCUUCAUCCAGGAGACUCUCCGCCGAUCUCGCACUAGCUACAGCACUCUCCAGGUUGCGCUGUACUAUCUGAUCCUCAUCAAGGGACAUGUGCCCAAGCAUGACUUCACCAUGGAACAGCCCGAGGAUGUUGCUUCUCUGCGAUCUUUGCAAUGCGGUCGCCGCAUGUUUCUCGCCGCGCUCAUCCUUGCGUCAAAGUAUCUGCAAGAUCGCAACUACUCUGCGCGGGCCUGGAGCAAGAUCUCCGGCUUGAAGGUCUGUGAGAUCAACACCAACGAGAUGGCCUUUUUGGCUGCCGUGAACUGGAAACUUCACAUCACCGACUCCGUUUGGGAAAAGUGGCAGGAGGUUGUCCUACGCCACACUCCAUCAAACAACCCUCCUUCCCCCGGAGGCUGCAUUCCCAACACAUGGAAGUCGAUUGUUCCCGUGCUAACGCCCGAGUUGGAGAUUAUUGAAGUGCCCGCCAAGACUCCUGUCACGCCUGUCAGACCUGUCAUGGCAUCUCGCCCUAGUUCAUACCGUUCUCCCCUCUCCGAGGGGUUCGGUUCUCAGGAGAGCACCCCCACACCUUCACACUACAAGGUGCCUCGCUUCCUCGAGCCCAAACCUGACCUUGUGCCCCAAACCCCAUGCCUUGCUCGUAUGGGUCCGUUGCCUACGCCUGUACUGACGCCCCAGUCCAUCGCCUCCAGCACUCCUGCAGCGAGUGCGCUCGGCUUUGGACCGAGGCGUCCUUCCAUGUGCUCGGCAAUGGCUCAAGCGCAUAGCUCGUCUUUGGCUCGCAGCUGCGUCGAUCAGUUCACGCCCAGCAUCAAGACCGGUCUGGAAGCAUACCACUUCCCCAGCCGUCGCCCAUCGCUGGCACCGUCCAACGCUUCUUCGGCUUCAUCGCCGGAAUCCAUGAUCACGGACAACUCUCGCUCUUCUCGCGCAUCUUCCAUUUCUUCAGUUUCUUCCGCCGGCUGGGCGCCGAAUCAGGCCAAAUUGGCCCGAUUGGCGACGUGCCGCAGCGCGAGAUUGCCUUACCCGGCGCUAUCGAAAUGCAAGGAGCAAAACGAGUACGCGCCUAGCGAGCCCAUGUCAUCACCGGAUCUGGAUGGCUUCCACCUCGAUGAUUCCGAAGAAACCAUGUCGGUCAAGUACGACAGCCCUCCAUCUGCCAAGUCCAGUCGGAAGCGGGGCCGAUCAUCGGUCGACCUUCAGCAAAACGUACGCCACCUGCUCGGCACUUCGCGCUCAAUUCCGUACCUCCGUGGCGGUACAGCUGUGCUUCCUGACCGCUCAAUGGGCCCGUCGUACGCCUUGCCUGGCCAUGACCACUCCGACAAAGACUUUGGCAAGAAGAGGACGUGUUGCAGCACCGAAGCAUCCCAGGGUUUUCGUCGCCAAGGCCCGGGGAUGUGGGAAGGCGUGCUAUAG